AUGACGAAGGCUGUGGAGAUUGUUCUAAACGAGGGUGUAGAUAUAAAUAUACUAGGAAAAAGCAACCGGACACCGUUGCUGUGUGCAAGUCUAUCAUCCCCUGGUGAGUUUAUCCAGACCCUUAUUGAUCUUGGAGCUAACGUUAAUGCCCAGAGGACAGACGAGAAGGCUGCAAACGGAUGGACUCCAUUGCAAUGCUGUGUGAGCAAUGGAUUUCUGAGUAUAUCCCAGCUUCUGAUGGAUUGCGGAUGCGACAUUAACUUGCGAAACAAGUUUGGAAAAACCUCACUUUACUUGGCCGUCAAACUGGAACAUAAGCACUUAGUCAAAUGUUUACUUGAAAGCAACGCUGAAGUGAAUAUGAAAUACAAGGAGAAUGCAAAGCAUAGAAUUUACUUUGUUCGUGGAAAGAACAGAGGAAAACCAGUCUGGCAUUAUGUUCUUACAUACUUUGAGAAAGUCCUCGAAUCUGGAUGGGGAAAGGAUCCUCCUGAGAGCAUAAGAGAGGAAAUUAGAGAGAUAGCAAUCACCUUCCAUGACAUACACAGCCUUACCGUACUUCAUUUUGCGAGCAAGAAUGGUAGUCCCGAGAUUGUAGAACUGCUGGUAAAAGACAAUGCUGACAUAAACGGAUGCGAUGAAGAUGGCUUCACACCUCUGCAUUUAGCAGCGAUACCUGGUAAAGUUCAAGUUGUAAAACAGCUGAUUGAACUCAACGCCGACGUCAACUUGAAAGUGGGUGGAAAGGAUGCGAUUGACUUGGCUCAUAUGAACGAAGAAACAGAAAUUGAGGAAUUUCUCAAAUAUAAGAGAAGCUCACCCUCAGAGGAGUCGGACGUUUAA